AUGCACCACGACCGCCGGUUCCUGCUCUUGAUGGUGCCAGUGGUGAUCUUUUUGUUGUUGGCAGCAAGCCUUUACCUCGGCAGUGAUCACCUGACGCUCAUCUCUGGCCUCCAUGUUCCGUUCCUGAGUCACUGGCAGCCGGAAAAUCAACCUGAAAGCAUCACGUCAUCAAGUCUCCCAGACAGUGAUGCCACAUUUACGUCUCUCCCCGUACCGAGCAGUACAGUGCUGCCACCGGCACGAGUAGAUAAUGGAACGGUUCUUACAGCAGAGAAGAUCCGACCCUACAUAGACUCCAUUCUCGACCCCGAGUCAACGGCUCUGCCGCGCUUGGGGUGCCCCCGCGUGAAUAGCACGCGAUAUGAUGUCUUGAGAAACAUGAGCGAAGCAAAUGACAACCACGUCGAUUACUACUUCGCUUUAGACUUGCGCAACUGCCGCGACCUCCUGCCGCGGCUUCUAGACGCCGACAUGACUUGCGCACUGGACUGGACAUAUGUCGGCCGCGAUCCCACAUUCUACGACGUCUGGGUCGCACGCGGCAUCAACGGGGACUCUUUCUUCAACAUCCCUCCUAACGGAAGCUGGGACUACGCGUGGAACCUGUUCUGGAACCACCCGCAGACCAAGGCACGCCUGGAUUCCAAUGUCCCUUUCCAGGCGUUUGCCUGCUGGAACGGCGCCACGGCCUUCACAGCUGCGCCUCUCCUCGACGGUCUGCGGUUCCGCAACGUUCACAAGGGGGAAUGUGCUCAAGGCGAGCCGCAAAUGUUCUGCAAGGACCUCUGGCACAGAGGCUUUGGCAAAAUCGCUGUGGUGCCAGCCGUCAAUCUGGAGUAUUCAGACGAAAAGGCCGAGAAGCUGAAGAAGCUGAAGGGCUUCACGUCCGAUCUCGUCAGACACCAGACCGAAGAGGACGCCAAGAUCGAGUGGGCCGGGCCACCGGAGAAGGUGAAGUGCAUGGAGGGUUGGCAGAACCAGUUUUGGCGACCGUGGAACGAGACAUUGACGUGA